AAAUCCGGUUACCACCUUGCGUCUGUUCGUGCGGCGUUGCGUCAUUCGUCUUCUCCCCCACUCCAUGCUGCUCUCGAUUCAGCUCAAGUAACCAACUAGUCAGCGGGAAGAAGCCACGGAGCACUGGGCAAUAAAGAAGGCCGCGAGAGAAGAUAAAAGCCGAACUGAACCGGUGACCGCGCCGCUCGUCGCAGUUGAGAUCCAGCGGCGGCGCCCGAAUCGACAGCCAUGAGGCACCGAGCUCGCUCGUCCCCGAGUUCCCCGCUCACCCCAUCCACCAGCAUGAGAGCAAAGAAGAUAUUUGGUUUCUCUGUGUCUCUCAUCCUCGUCAAUUUGGCUUCCAUUAUGGAGCGUGCUGACGAGAAUCUUCUUCCAGCAGUUUACAAGGAAGUCAGUGCAGCCUUCAACGUUGGCCCCACUGAUCUAGGAUACCUUAAUUUUCUAAUGAACUUUCUCAAGUCGAUAGUAUCCCCCUUGGCAGGUGUCCUUGCUCUUCACUACGAUCGCCCGACAGUGCUUGCAAUAGGAACUGUCUUCUGGGCCUUAUCAACAGGGGCUGUUGGUGUUAGCCAGCAUUUUCAUCAGGUUGCAUUUUGGAGAGCUGUAAACGGACUUGGACUUGCCAUUGUAAUACCAGCACUCCAGUCAUUCAUUGCAGAUAGCUACAAAGAUGGUACACGUGGUGCUGGGUUUGGUUUGUUAAGCCUCAUCGGUGCAGUAGGUGGUAUAGGUGGUAGUAUUUUGGCAACACUCAUGGCUGGGAAGGAUUACUGGGGAUUACCAGGAUGGCGUGUUGCGUUUCUUGUGGUUGCACUUGUCAGCUUGAUAAUUGGAAUUCUUGUGUACUUAUAUUCUACCGAUCCAAGAAGAAUCCCCGGCAACCAUCUUCUUGAUGACGAUGACUAUGAGAGGUUACACCUGUCCAGCAAAGAUGUACUUCCUCCGGCAUCAAUCUGGACGGGUUCUUGGGUAGCAAUGAGAAGUGUCAUGAAAGUGAAGUCGUUUCAGAUCAUUGUAUUGCAGGGGAUAAUCGGCUCAUUGCCCUGGACCGCCAUAGUUUUCUUCACAAUGUGGUUUGAGCUCAUCGGUUUCGACAACAGGAGUUCUGCAGCAUUGAACAGCCUCUUCGCUAUCGGGUGCGCCAGUGGAGCUUUCCUUGGUGGUGUAAUAGCAGAUCGCUUGUCACAGCACUAUCCUGAUUCCGCACGAGUCAUGUGCGCUCAGUUUAGCGCCUUCAUGGGCAUUCCUUUCUCAUGGAUCCUCCUUACAGUCAUUCCUCAGUCAACUGAUUACUGGUUUGCCUACGCGGUCACUCUCUUCUUCAUGGGUAUCACCAUCAGCUGGUGUGCAACUGCAGCAAACAACCCCAUAUUCGCGGAGGUAGUACCUCCCAAACACCGCACCAUGAUCUACGCCUUCGACCGAGCCUUGGAGGGCUCAUUCGCCUCGUUUGCAGCCCCUGCAGUUGGCUUGGUCACAGAGAAGAUAUAUGGCUAUGACGCGAAGACUGUAAACAUCGCGAAUGGAUCAGCAGAAGGGGCUUAUGCGCUGUCAAGAGGGCUACUAACCAUGAUGAUUGUACCUUUUGGUGUCUGUGUCCUGUUCUACAGCCCCUUGUACCUGGUAUUCAAGCGUGACCGAGACAGUGCAAAGUUGUCCAUCUUCAAGGACCAGGAGCUAAUAUGAAGAAAUAGGGUGCCUCAACCUCCUGUUCUGGAUCAGCACCGAGGAGGAACCUCAUAUUCAGGCUUCUUUAGGUUGACAAAUGAGAAAAGGUUCUGUUUGUUCUUCAGGUUGAUAGAUUCAGGCUAGUUCUAAUAAUCCACUCCUUUUCCUUUUAUUUUUUUGGGUCGAACUCAACGACUGUAAUUCAUUUGAGGUGAAGAGAAGGCCAAAAUAUUCUUCAGAUACAAGCCAUGGUCAUGUGAUUUCUGGUAGGCUAGUAGCUAUACACGCCUGGCUACUUAAUGUAACAGAUCCAGUGAGAAAAGAAGUUAUCCAGUGGACAAGCACUGCCAAACGUAUUGGUUUGCAAACA